AUGCAUAAAAAAAUUCAACUAAAGGAUAACCAAACAAACGAAGUUGACGACACAGCAUCACCUCCAGAACAACAAACGUCUCACAAAUCAAGUCGCACAACACCAAUUUCUCCAUCAAAGCCGGCCAGUGACACAAUCGAAUCCACUCUGCCGGGUACCAAACUACCCAAGACGUCGACCCAAUGGUCCGAAGCCAACGUUUACUUUCAACUACAACAACAAUCACUUCCAAGCUAUGACAAUAUCGACAACUUCACGUCCGCCUUCCAACAAAUGAUUUACAACUAUUUCGCCACAAACUAUGGCACUCUUAAACAACAAACAGUCAAUAAUACCAGCUCCAACAAAUCAAUCAAAAAUCUAAAAAAAGAACUAAAACAGCUAAAGCUACUAGGCCACAACAAUCAGCGCUUCGAUGACCAAAUCAUCACAACAAGCAAAGCGCUCAGAGCUCAAAUAAAGUCAAAAAAAUUAACAAAAUGCGAUCAAUCAGUCGACGUCACGUCUCAGCUAAAACAGCGCUUUUGGGGGACAUGUUUUUUCAAUUGUUUCGAUUUGUCGCUGGUCGACAUUAUUUGGUCUGAUCAAUUUUAUAAUAGUCUUAUUAACUCUGCGAUAUCCUCAUCAUACGCUGUUUAUUGUGAUAGAAAUUUGACGGAAUGA